AUGGAGUUUGGUAGGAGGAUAUGGUUACGAGAAUGGGCUUUCCUUUUAGCACUUUGCUGCACCCAUCAGAUAGUUUCAUCGGAAGUGAAAAUCAUCCAGCAAACAUCAACAAAUCCAGUAAUAACACCUUCCAACCCUGCUCACAAUGGCCGUGUAUGCAGCACAUGGGGCAACUUCCACUUCAAGACUUUUGAUGGAGACAUCUACCAGUACCCUGGGCUCUGUAAUUACGUUUUCGCAUCCCAUUGCAACACUCCCUAUGAAGAAUUCAACAUCCAGAUUAGGCGUACCCUGGUGGAAAGUGUUCCUAUAAUCCACCGCAUUGCCAUAAAACUUGAAGGUGUAGCUAUUGAGCUAACAAAGGAUACUGUCCUUAUCAACAGCAACAAAGUUCAACUGCCAUACAGUCAAGCGGGAAUUACUAUAGAGAGAAGCAGCAUUUAUGUGAAAGUUGUCAGCAAAGCGGAUAUUGUAUUUAUGUGGAAUCAGCGUGACAGUAUCUUGUUAGAACUGCAUGAGAAAUAUGCCAAUCAGACCUGUGGUCUCUGUGGGGACUUCAAUGGCAUUCCAGUUUACAAUGAGUUCUAUUCAAACAAUAUCAGAAUGACAGCCUUACAGUUUGGGAAUAUGCAGAAGUUGGAUGGGCCGACAGAGUACUGUGAAGACCCAACUCCUUCCCCACCAGAUAAUUGCACAUAUGACUUUGAUGACAUAUGUCAGAAAACAUUGACCAGUUUUGCAUUUGCAGACUGUAAUGGCCUAGUUAAUGUUAGUGAGUACAUUAUGGCUUGCCGAGAAGACUUGUGCCGCUCUGAAGAGUUAAAAAAUGCCUCAUGUAUCUGUGAUACUAUUGCUGAGUACUCCCGGCAGUGCGCUCAUGCUGGUGGGGAACCUUUGAACUGGAGAACCUCAAAACUGUGCCCCAAGACAUGUCCUUACAACAUGCAGUAUUCGGAGUGCAGCUCUCCCUGCACUGACACAUGCACUAAUCCUGAACGAUCUCAGUUUUGUGAAGAGCACUGUAUGGAUGGUUGUUUCUGCCCCCAAGGAACCGUUUUUGAUGACAUAAACAAUUCUGGCUGCAUCUCCCGUCAGCAAUGCUCCUGUAUUCACAAUGGCAACACUUAUGCUCCAGGAACUUCUUUCUCAGAGCAGUGCUAUUCCUGUACAUGCAAUGGAAGCAAAUGGAAUUGUGAAGAUAUGUCAUGUCCAGGAAUAUGUUCCGUAGAGGGAGGCUCGCACAUUUCGACAUAUGAUAAAAAGCAUUAUGAUGUCUAUGGAGACUGCACUUACGUCCUUUCUAAGCUCUGUGAAGAUGAAAUAUUCACCAUCCUGGUAGAACUACGCAAAUGUGGCAUGACAAGCACUGAAACAUGCUUACGGGCAGUGACCCUCAGCUUGAAUAAAGGACAAACGCUCGUUGAGGUCAAAAGUGAUGGUGGUGUGUUUGUGAACUCAAUCUACACCCAGCUGCCAAUCUCAGCAGCCAAUGUCACCAUCUUUAGACCUUCAUCAUUCUUCAUCAUCGUGCACACAAAUAUUGGUAUCCAGGUUGAAAUCCAGAUCAUACCCAUCAUGCAAAUGUUUGUGCGAUUGGACCCUGUGUUCAAAGACCAAACCUGUGGUCUUUGUGGAAAUUUCAAUAAUGUCCAAACUGAUGACUUUAAGGCCAUAAGUGGAGUAAUUGAAGGAACAGCAGCAGCAUUUGCUAAUACAUGGAAAACUCAGGCUUCUUGCCCUGAUAUCCAGCACAGUUUUGAGAACCCCUGUGCACUCAGCAUCGAUAAUGAAAAAUAUGCUAAGCAUUGGUGUGGGCUACUAACUGACAGAGAAGGACCUUUUGCUGAUUGUCAUUAUCUACUGAAUCCCUCUACUUACUACAUGAACUGCAUGUUUGACACGUGCAACUGUCAAAACAGUGAGGGCUGUCUGUGUGCAUCCCUUUCUUCCUAUGUGAGAGCUUGUGCUGCAAGAGGAAUCCAAAUAAAUGGGUGGAGGACUAAUGUCUGUUCAAAGUACACCACCUCAUGUCCCAAAUCCCUAAGUUACAGCUAUAACAUCGAUUCAUGCCAACCCACGUGUCGCUCUCUAAGUGAGCCUGAUAUCAUAUGCAAAAUUAAGUUUGUCCCAGUUGAUGGCUGCACCUGCAUAAAUGGAACCUACAUGGACGAAAGUGGCAAAUGUGUGCCUGCUGAUGAAUGCCCCUGUUACUACCGAGGAUCUCCCAUACCACUUGGAGAAGUUGUCCGUGAAAAUGGGCUUGUAUGCACUUGCAUCCAGGGAAAACUGAAUUGCAUUGGAGAACCCGAUCAAAUUCCAGUUUGUGAAUCUCCCAUGUUCUACUUAGACUGUAGAAACAACACAGCAGGAACAACUGGAUCAGAGUGUCAAAAAAGCUGUCAUACUCUGGAUAUGCAGUGUUAUAGCACACAGUGUGUAUCUGGCUGUGUGUGCCCAUCUGGACUUGUGUUAGAUGGGAAGGGUGGUUGUAUUCCUGAAGAGGAAUGUCCAUGUAUUCACAAUGGAGCCAUGUAUCAACCCGGGGAAAAGAUCAAUGCUGACUGUAAUACCUGUGUGUGCAAGAAUAGGAUGUGGGAAUGCACCAAAAAACAAUGCCUGGGCACGUGUGCUGUUUACGGAGAUGGACAUUAUACCACCUUUGAUGACCAGACAUUCAGCUUCAGUGGAAACUGCAAAUACACGUUAGUCCGGAACCACUGCGGGAAGAGUGACAUAGUGAAUGGGACCUUCCAGGUUAUCACUGAAAAUAUUCCCUGCGGCAGCACUGGGACAACUUGCUCAAAAUCUAUCAAAGUUUUCUUAGAGCACUAUGAACUGAUACUCAGUGAGGAGCGUGUCAGUGUGAUACAGAGAGGACAAGGUGGUGAAGUACCAUUCACAGUCCGUUACAUAGGUAUGUACACAGUGAUUGAUACCACCAUCGGACUGAUCCUCAUGUGGGACAAGAAAACCAGCAUCUUCAUCAAGCUGAGCGCUGAAUUUAAGGGUCAGAUCUGUGGCCUCUGUGGAAAUUAUGAUGGCAAUGGCAUCAAUGACUUCACUACAAGGAGUCUGUCUGUAGUGGAGAAUGUCCUAGAGUUCGGAAACAGCUGGAAAGUAUCCUCCACAUGUCCUGAUGCUCACUUCUUAAAGGACCCAUGCUCUACCAACCCUUAUCGAAAGUCCUGGUCAGAGAAGCAGUGUAGCAUCAUCAACAGCAAUGUCUUUGCUGCCUGUCACUCACAGAUUGAACCAGCAAGAUAUUAUCAAGCCUGUGUGACAGAUGCUUGUGCCUGUGACUCUGGAGGAGACUGUGAUUGUUUUUGUACAGCAGUAGCUGCCUAUGCUCAAGCAUGUAAUGAAGUUGGUGUCUGUAUAGCCUGGAGAACCCCAUCAAUUUGUCCACUGUUCUGUGAUUACUAUAAUCAACAAGGAGAAUGUGAAUGGCACUAUAAGCCUUGUGGAGCCUCCUGUAUGAAGACCUGUAAGAACCCAAGUGGAAAAUGCCUCCAUAACUUGCCAGGUUUAGAAGGCUGCUACCCCAACUGCCCACCAGACAAGCCAUAUUUUCAUGAGGAUCAGAUGAAGUGUGUCAGUCUCUGUGACUGUUAUGAUAAUGAAGAUGGAAAGAUAUAUAUGCGGGAUAAAUGUCAAUUAUGCGAGUGCACAUCAGAAGGUUUACAGUGCAAGUUUGAUGAUAAAGCAUGCAACUGCAUAUAUGAAAACAACAUCUAUAAAUAUAAUGAACUCAUCUACAACACCACAGAUGGAAGUGGAUGGUGUUUCCAUGCAACAUGUGAUGUCAAUGGAACAAUAAGCAGAAAUAUAUUUGAAUGUGGAAUCACAACCACCCCAAGUACCUCAUUUACAUUUUCUACCAGUCAACCUACAACAGGAACAAGACCACAACAAAAAGAAACGACAAUAUCAAAACAUACCAGUAGUGCAGAUACCACUAAGACAUCAGUGCACCAAACAGAAAGUACGACCACCAUUGCAUCAACAACUUCAUCAACAACACCUACCAGCAGUGCCAGCACCACCAAGACGUCACCACCUCCAACAGAAAGCACGACCACCAUUACAUCCACAGGUGCAGGAAGCUCCAUACCUACCAGCAGUGCCAGCACCACCAAGACCACUCCUCUUACGACUGGGAGCACAGUCACCAUCCCCACCUCACCCACCACUACUGCCACCACCUCUCCCAACACAACCAGCUGCCAGCCACGCUGUGCCUGGACGCAGUGGUUUGAUGUGGAUUUCCCAAGCUCUGGUAGCCAGGAUGGAGACUUUGAGACCUAUGCAAAUAUCCGUGCCGCUGGUUAUGACCUGUGCUCCCAGCCACAGGACAUCAGGUGCCGUGCUGAAAACUACCCUGACAGGAGCCUGGAGAGCUUGGACCAGAAACUGAAGUGCAGCCUCGAAGUUGGGCUUGAAUGUAGAAACCAGGAUCAGAAGAGCAAGUACCCCAUGUGCUUCAACUACCAGGUCAGUGUGCUGUGCUGUGACCGAAAACAGUGCUCGACAACAUCACCGACUCCAGGCACUACGCCAAGCACCUCAACUGGAACCACUUCAGUAACGCCACCCACUGAGGUCUACCAGACUACAACAACACCCACUACUGCCUCUACUAUCCCCACGUCUUCUGAGACCACCACCACAAGCACCACCGGAGUCACCAAGACCACCAGCACUCCGUCAGCAGGCCCAACUACAGUCACAGCUGGAAGUACAACCAAGACUGUUCCACUUACAACAGAAGGUACGACCACCGUUUCUUCCACAAGUGCAGGGACCCCUGUACCUACCUCCAGUGCCAGCACCACCAAGACCUCACCUCCUCCAACAGAAAGCACAACCACCAUUACAUCCACAAGUGCAGGAAGCACCACACCUACCAGCAGUGCCAGCACCACCAAGACCACUCCUCUUACGACUGGGAGCACAGUCACCAUCCCCACCUCACCCACCACUACUGCCACCACCUCUCCCAACACAACCAGCUGCCAGCCACGCUGUGCCUGGACGCAGUGGUUUGAUGUGGAUUUCCCAAGCUCUGGUAGCCAGGAUGGAGACUUUGAGACCUAUGCAAAUAUCCGUGCCGCUGGUUAUGACCUGUGCUCCCAGCCACAGGACAUCAGGUGCCGUGCUGAAAACUACCCUGACAGGAGCCUGGAGAGCUUGGACCAGAAACUGAAGUGCAGCCUCGAAGUUGGGCUUGAGUGUAGAAACCAGGAUCAGAAGAGCAAGUACCCCAUGUGCUUCAACUACCAGGUCAGUGUGCUGUGCUGUGACCGAAAACAGUGCUCGACAACAUCACCGACUCCAGGCACUACGCCAAGCACCUCAACUGGAACCACUUCAGUAACGCUACUCACUGAGGUCUACCAGACUACAACAACACCCACUACUGCCUCUACUAUCCCCACAUCUUCUGAGACCACCACCACAAGCACCACCGGAGUCACCAAGACCACCAGCACUCCGUCAGCAGGCCCAACUACAGUCACAGCUGGAAGUACAACCAAGACUGUUCCACUUACAACAGAAGGUACGACCACCGUUUCUUCCACAAGUGCAGGGACCCCUGUACCUACCUCCAGUGCCAGCACCACUGAGACCUCACCUCCUCCAACAGAAAGCACGACCACCGUUACAUCCACAAGUGCAGGAAGCACCACACCUACCAGCAGUGCCAGCACCACCAAGACCACUCCUCUUACAACUGGGAGCACAGUCACCAUCCCCACCUCACCCACCACUACUGCCACCACCUCUCCCAACACAACCAGCUGCCAGCCACGCUGUGCCUGGACGCAGUGGUUUGAUGUGGAUUUCCCAAGCUCUGGUAGCCAGGAUGGAGACUUUGAGACCUAUGCAAAUAUCCGUGCCGCUGGUUAUGACCUGUGCUCCCAGCCACAGGACAUCAGGUGCCGUGCUGAAAACUACCCUGACAGGAGCCUGGAGAGCUUGGACCAGAAACUGAAGUGCAGCCUCGAAGUUGGGCUUGAGUGCAGAAACCAGGAUCAGAAGAGCAAGUACCCCAUGUGCUUCAACUACCAGGUCAGUGUGCUGUGCUGUGACCGAAAACAGUGCUCGACAACAUCACCGACUCCAGGCACUACGCCAAGCACCUCAACUGGAACCACUUCAGUAACGCUACUCACUGAGGUCUACCAGACUACAACAACACCCACUACUGCCUCUACUAUCCCCACGUCUUCUGAGACCACCACCACAAGCACCACCGGAGUCACCAAGACCACCAGCACUCCGUCAGCAGGCCCAACUACAGUCACAGCUGGAAGUACAACCAAGACUGUUCCGCUUACAACAGAAGGUACGACCACCGUUUCUUCCACAAGUGCAGGGACCACUGUACCUACCUCCAGUGCCAGCACCACCAAGACCUCACCUCCUCCAACAGAAAGCACAACCACCAUUACAUCCACUAGUGCAGGAAGCACCACACCUACCAGCAGUGCCAGCACCACCAAGACGUCACCACCUCCAACAGAAAACACGACCACCAUUACAUCCACAGGUGCGGGAAGCACCACCAUACCUACCAGCAGUGCCAGCAUCACCAAGACAUCACCUCCUCCAAUAAAAGCUAGGACCACCAUUUCUUCCACAAGUGCAGGGACCACCGUACCUACCUCCAGUGCCAGCACCACCAAGACCACUCCUCCUGUACCAGGGAGCACGACCACCAUUCUCACCACCACAACCUCAGUGCCCAGCUCCCCCACCAGUACUAUCACACCCAUGUCGUCAACUAGCGCCAUUCCAGCAACUUCGUCCUCUGGUCAAACCCAGCCUACAGCAAAACCCACUUCUGUCUCUAAGCCAAGCACCUCAACUGGAACCACAUCAGUAACGCCCCCCACUGGACGCUUCCAGACUACAACAACACCCACUACUGCCUCUACUAUCCCCACAUCUUCUGAGACCACCACCACAAGCACCACCGGAGUGACCAAGACCACCAGCACUCCCACCACUGAGACCUCACCUCCUCCAACAGAAAGCACAACCACCGUUACAUCCACUAGUGCAGGAAGCACCACACCUACCAGCAGUGCCAGCACCACCAAGACGUCACCACCUCCAACAGAAAGCACGACCACCGUUACAUCCACAAGUGCAGGAAGCACCACACCUACCAGCAGUGCCAGCACCACCAAGACCACUCCUCUUACAACUAGGAGCACAGUCACCAUCCCCACCUCACCCACCACUACUGCCACCACCUCUCCCAACACAACCAGCUGCCAGCCACGCUGUGCCUGGACGCAGUGGUUUGAUGUGGAUUUCCCAAGCUCUGGUAGCCAGGAUGGAGACUUUGAGACCUAUGCAAAUAUCCGUGCCGCUGGUUAUGACCUGUGCUCCCAGCCACAGGACAUCAGGUGCCGUGCUGAAAACUACCCUGACAGGAGCCUGGAGAGCUUGGACCAGAAACUGAAGUGCAGCCUCGAAGUUGGGCUUGAGUGCAGAAACCAGGAUCAGAAGAGCAAGUACCCCAUGUGCUUCAACUACCAGGUCAGUGUGCUGUGCUGUGACCGAAAACAGUGCUCGACAACAUCACCGACUCCAGGCACUACGCCAAACACCUCAACUGGAACCACUUCAGUAACGCUACUCACUGAGGUCUACCAGACUACAACAACACCCACUACUGCCUCUACUAUCCCCACAUCUUCUGAGACCACCACCACAAGCACCACCGGAGUCACCAAGACCACCAGCACUCCGUCAGAAGGCCCAACUACAGUCACAGCUGGAAGUACAACCAAGACUGUUCCGCUUACAACAGAAGGUACGACCACCGUUUCUUCCACAAGUGCAGGGACCCCUGUACCUACCUCCAGUGCCAGCACCACCAAGACCUCACCUCCUCCAACAGAAAGCACAACCACCGUUACAUCCACAAGUGCAGGAAGCACCACACCAACCAGCAGUGCCAGCACCACCAAGACGUCACCACCUCCAACAGAAAGCACGACCACCGUUACAUCCACAAGUGCAGGAAGCACCACCAUACCUACCAGCAAUGCCAGCACCACCAAGACAUCACCUCCUCCAACAGAAAGCACAACCACCAUUACAUCCACUAGUGCAGGAAGCACCACCAUACCUACCAGCAGUGCCAGCACCACCAAGACAUCACCUCCUCCAAUAAAAGCUAGGACCACCAUUUCUUCCACAAGUGCAGGGACCACCGUACCUACCUCCAGUGCCAGCACCACCAAGACCACUCCUCCUGUACCAGGGAGCACGACCACCAUUCUCACCACCACAACCUCAGUGCCCAGCUCCCCCACCAGUACUAUCACACCCAUGUCGUCAACUAGCGCCAUUCCAGCAACUUCGUCCUCUGGUCAAACCCAGCCUACAGCAAAACCCACUUCUGUCUCUAAGCCAAGCACCUCAACUGGAACCACUUCAGUAACGCCCCCCACUGGACGCUUCCAGACUACAACAACACCCACUACUGCCUCUACUAUCUCCACGUCUUCUGAGACCACCACCACAAGCACCACGGGUGUGACCAAGACCACCAGCACUCCGUCAGCAGGCCCAACUACAGUCACAGCUGGAAGUACAACCAAGACUGUUCCGCUUACAACAGAAGGUACGACCACCGUUUCUUCCACAAGUGCAGGGACCACUGUACCUACCUCCAGUGCCAGCACCACCAAGACCUCACCUCCUCCAACAGAAAGCACAACCACCAUUACAUCCACAAGUGCAGGAAGCACCACCGUACCUACCAGCAAUGCCAGCACCACCAAGACAUCACCUCCUCCAAUAAAAGCUAGGACCACCAUUUCUUCCACAAGUGCAGGGACCACCGUACCUACCUCCAGUGCCAGCACCACCAAGACCACUCCUCCCGUACCAGGGAGCACGACCACCAUUCUCACCACCACAACCUCAGUGCCCAGCUCCCCCACCAGUACUAUCACACCCAUGUCGUCAACUAGCGCCAUUCCAGCAACUUCGUCCUCUGGUCAAACCCAGCCUACAGCAAAACCCACUACUGUCUCUAAGCCAAGCAUCUCAACUGGAACCACUUCAGUAACGCCACCCACUGAGGUCUACCAGACUACAACAACACCCACUACUGCCUCUACUAUCCCCACGUCUUCUGAGACCACCACCACAAGCACCACCGGAGUCACCAAGACCACCAGCACUCCGUCAGCAGGCCCAACUACAGUCACAGCUGGAAGUACAACCAAGACUGUUCCGCUUACAACAGAAGGUACGACCACCGUUUCUUCCACAAGUGCAGGGACCACUGUACCUACCUCCAGUGCCAGCACCACCAAGACCUCACCUCCUCCAAUAGAAAGCACAACCACCGUUACAUCCACAAGUGCAGGAAGCACCACCAUACCUACCAGCAGUGCCAGCACCACCAAGACGUCACCACCUCCAACAGAAAGCACGACCACCAUUACAUCCACAGGUGCAGGAAGCACCACCAUACCUACCAGCAAUGCCAGCACCACCAAGACAUCACCUCCUCCAAUAAAAGCUAGGACCACCAUUUCUUCCACAAGUGCAGGGACCACCGUACCUACCUCCAGUGCCAGCACCACCAAGACCUCACCUCCUCCAACAGAAAGCACAACCACCAUUACAUCCACAAGUGCAGGAAGCACCACCAUACCUACCAGCAGUGCCAGCACCACCAGGACCUCACCUCCUCCAAUAAAAGCUAGGACCACCAUUUCUUCCACAAGUGCAGGGACCACCGUACCUACCUCCAGUGCCAGCACCACCAAGACCACUCCUCCUGUACCAGGGAGCACGACCACCAUUCUCACCACCACAACCUCAGUGCCCAGCUCCCCCACCAGUACUAUCACACCCAUGUCGUCAACUAGCGCCAUUCCAGCAACUUCGUCCUCUGGUCAAACCCAGCCUACAGCAAAACCCACUUCUGUCUCUAAGCCAAGCAUCUCAACUGGAACCACUUCAGUAACGCCACCCACUGGACGCUUCCAGACUACAACAACACCCACUACUGCCUCUACUAUCCCCACAUCUUCUGAGACCACCACCACAAGCACCACCGGAGUCACCAAGACCACCAGCACUCCGUCAGCAGGCCCAACUACAGUCACGGCUGGAAGUACAACCAAGACUGUUCCGCUUACAACAGAAGGUACAACCACCAUUUCUUCCACAAGUGCAGGGACCCCUGUACCUACCUCCAGUGCCAGCACCACCAAGACCUCACCUCCUCCAACAAAAAGCACAACCACCGUUACAUCCACAAGUGCAGGAAGCACCACCGUACCUACCAGCAGUGCCAGCACCACCAGGACCUCACCUCCUGUAGCAGGAAGCACAACCACCAUCGUCACCACCACAACCUCAGUGCCCAGCUCCCCCACCAGUACUAUCACCUCCUUGUCCUCCACUCUAGUAACACAGACUACAGCUCAGUCCCCUACUUCAAGCCGUUCUGCUGGUACUUCACAGCCAAGACACACUACUAGCACUUCUGCAGUCUCCAGUUCUUCCUACACCACACCUUCCACAACAGAAGCAAGUGGAACAACUCCAUGUUUUUGCCACGUGUUUGGUGGCUUGUUUUCUCCCGGAGAAGUUGUAUACAACAGAACAGAUAAGGCUGGAUGUAAUUUUUAUGCACUUUGCAGCAAAGAAUGUGAAAUUGCUCCAUUUCAGGGGCCAUGUCCUGCAACAACUGCUUUAACUUCGGUGUCCUCAGAGACUACAACAGAAGCCCCCUCAUCCACAGCAACAUCCUUCACAAAUUUACCAGAAAGAAACUGUACUGAUGUCAAUCCUUCGCGAAAGCCUGGAGAGAGAUGGACAACGCAGUGCGAGGAGUGUGUCUGUGAUCCACACACUGCUACGGCAGAAUGUCGGCUGCUCCCAUGCGAAAUAGAGGAAGUAGUUUGUGACGCAGGAUUUAUUGCCUUACCUGUAGUACCAGUAACAGACCCGUGCUGUCCUCAACUUGAAUGCCGGCAACGUUCAAACACCUGUGAGAUUAAUGGUAAAAUAUAUGAGAGUGGAACAUUUGUAAUAGAUUCAUGUAAGAAUUGUACCUGCUCUUCUGAGAAAGGGAAAAACAUUGUGAAGUGCGAAGCACUUAAAUGUGAAACAUCUUGUCCACUGGGUCACCAAUAUAAGAUUGAGGAUGGAGAGUGCUGUGGGAAGUGUGAAGUAUCAUCUUGCAUAAUUCAUCUAAAUAACGAGACUGUUCUGCUCGAAGUUGGUAAGAUUCUGCCACUUGAUCUGUGCAGCCACUACAAAUGUGAAAUAAUUGAAGAUCAAUACGUUGCAGUUCAAACGAAACGAGUAUGUCCCGACUACGGUCCACUGGAGUGCGAUCCCGAUGAAGCAGAGACUACUCCUGAUGGCUGCUGCAAGAUAUGUAAACCUACUAACUGCAAAGCUUACAGCACAAAAACUGUAAUCCAAUACGAAGACUGUAAAUCUCCUGAAGCUGUUGAGUUGGGAUAUUGCGAAGGGACUUGUCCUGGCUCCUCCACGUAUUCUCUUAAAGCAAACCAGAUGCAACAUAACUGUAGUUGCUGCCAAGAGCUCAGCAGCCACAGAAGAGAUGUGAUCCUGAAUUGCCAAAAUGGAACAAGCAUAAACUAUAGCUACGUCUAUGUGGAUCAAUGCCAGUGUAUGAACGGAUGCAACUCACAAAGCCUUGAAGCAGACGAUUACCAGUCAAAAAUCAGCCAAAAACAGACAUGAUCAUUGCAAAAACAACAAAAAUAGGCCCUAGGAAAGCUGGAACCAUAUCUUCCUCAAGAUAACUUGUGCUCCUUCUUUAACUGAUAUUUGUUUGUCAUCGCCUUUUCUUUUUUCUUGCUUAUAAAAGCCAAAGAACCCUUAAGUAUAAUAUUUUAUUUAAGUGAUACAGUUUUCAAGGUAAAAAAGCAGCAACCAUGUGAAAUAACUUUCUGUACAUUAUGCAAAUAUGUCAAUAUGUACCAGCACAAUCACAAAAACAGCGUUUUGGGAAAAGUUGUAAUGGCUCCAAAAACAAAACUAGGAAACAUUGUAGCUACAUUGCACUCAACUCUUAUGACUAGAGAAAGUUUUAUUGCAUAGCAUUUGUAUGGAUAUAAUGCUCUUAAAAGACAUCACUCGGUGACAGGGAAGAGACUGUUUCCCUGUUCAUCUUGUCUCUUAUGUGAUCAAUAAAACUUUCAGCAUUUUCCAGUU